AGGUCAAAAAUCCCACGCUAUGCUAUGCCUAUGCUCAUCACCCCUGCAUCAUCCCCAUCAAACGUGUCGAGCGCAUCGAGCAGCAUCGAGCUUGUAGCGCGUUUACUUAACUAACGCCAAGAGUACUAUAAUUGCUUUUUUCACGGACAAAUAAAUAAAUACUCAGUAUAAAUUUCGAAUAAACCAUCUAUUGCAGAUACAAGCAUUAUUUAAAUGUAACAUAGUCGAGAAAAGUUCGAAAUAUGCACAUAGUAUCAUAGGUUAGGUAUAAUUUUGCUUGUUUCCUACUGAUUGUAAGAUUGAGAUGUCUGGAGCACGUAGUGUCGUUCGUUUAUGUUUGCUCGCUGUGUCUUCUCAGUAACUUUGUAGAAAAGUUACACCUUGUUCAAAAAUUAAUAAUGACGAACGAUGUUAACGAUAUAAUACCAGAUACGUCAAGGAUGGAAACGUGUACAGCAGGUGCUUUGGUGUUGUACUCCACUGCUCAAGCAUGGACGGCACAAUUUCAUCGGAGUAUUAUGUCUUCGAGCAGAGUGUCAGAGUCAUCAGACGACGAAGAUUUGACUGGAUACCAAAUCGAAGACGACCUAGUGUACCUGAGGUCGUUGGACCCAAAGGAGUGGAAAGAUCAAGAUCAUUACGCUGUGUUAGGCUUGAAAAAGCUCAGGCACAGAGCGACAGAAGAUAUUAUAAAAAGGGCUUAUAAGCAAAAGAUUCUGAAACAUCAUCCGGACAAGCGGAAAGCCAUGGGAGAGGAGAUCCGGCCGGACGACGAUUAUUUCACCUGCAUAACACGAGCUUGGGAAACAUUGGGGACCUCUACGAAGCGUCGGAGUUACGACAGUGUGGACCCGUAUUUUAACGACGAUCUACCAGACGAGAGAGAUUGUAAAAAUAAUUUUUACUCGGUGAUGGGUAAAGCGUUUAAAGAGAACGCUAGAUGGUCCACAAAACAGCCUGUACCUCGAUUAGGUGGCCCGGAGACGGCCAGAGACAAGGUCGAGAAAUUUUAUUCGUUUUGGUACGACUUCGACUCGUGGCGAGAAUACUCUUACCUGGACGAGGAGGACAAGGAGAGCGGGCAAGAUCGGGACAUGCGUAAAUGGAUCGAGAAGAAAAACAAAGCGGCACGAGCGAAACGAAAGAAGGAGGAAAUGGCACGGAUACGCGCGUUGGUCGAUAUGGCUUACAACGCUGACCCUAGGAUAAAAAAAUUCCAACAAGAAGACAGAGAUAAGAAGACAGCGGCGAAGAAAGCGAAGCAGGAAGCGGCAAAGGCGAGGAUACAGGAGGAGAAGAGAAUAGCCAGGGACGCUGCGGAGAGGGAAAGAUUGGAGAAGGAGAAACGGGAGAGCGAGGAGAAGGCGAAAUUGGACGCGCUCAAGCAGGAAAGGGAGGCGCAGAAGAAAGCGCUUCGCAAGGAGAGGAAAGCGUUGCGCGAUUUUUGUAAAGCCAACGAUUACUUUGCCGAGAACGCGGAAGAAAGUAUUAGGCAUAUGGAGAGCGUCGAGAAAAUUUGCGAGUCGUUCAAGUUGGUUCAACUGGAGGUGGCGAUCAAGAAACUACAGACCGAGGGCAGAACGGCGUUCCUCGGUAUAAUGGAAGAAACCGAGAAGAAAAUGGAAGCUGAACGAAGAGCCGGUGUGAUCUCGUGCGAGGCGCGGAACACGCCGGAGAAGCAAGUAAAGUCUUAUACGGCCCCGUGGAGCGAGAACGAUCUGCAACUUUUGAUAAAAGCGGUGAAUCUAUUUCCGGCGGGGACGAACCAACGGUGGGAGGUAGUCGCGAAUUUUAUCAAUCAACACAACAGCUCCUCCACCGGCGUCACGCGCGAUGCGAAGGAAGUCCUCGCGAAAGCGAAAGACCUCCAAUCGACGGACUUUAGCAAGUCCAGCUUGAAGGAGCAAGCGAACAAGAAAGCUUUCGAUAACUUUAUUGCCGAGAAGAAGGCGAAGGAAUCGGUCGAGGACCGAAUGCCAGCUGUCACUGAACGUUUGGACCAUCCCAUUUCGAACGGUAUCGGCGGGACUCCUGCCAAUGAACAGAAUUCCAAGAAAGAAUCUCAACCGUGGACUUCGGCGGAACAGAAAUUAUUGGAACAAGCAUUGAAGACUUAUCCCACUAGCGUGGCCGACAGAUGGGAUCAGAUAGCGGCCUGUAUUCCGACCAGAACGAAAAAGGAGUGCAUGAGAAGAUACAAGGAGCUGGUCGAACUCGUGAAAGCGAAGAAGGCGGCACAAGUAAUGAAAUAAUAUUAGUCUCUUUUUAAUAUGAAAUUCUUUUUAACUUAUCAAAUUAAAUCGAAUACAAACAAGUUCACGAAUCGCUGUUCGGAUGGAGAAACGUUGAUUGCGUUUGAUAGACGAAUGAAUCUUAUUGUUAACUUUUACCGAAAGCCGUGUAUCUCUAUACCUGUGCCUUGCUUUAGUUCAUAGGCGCACACAGUUUUGCAACGGUCCUAUCAAUCAAUUUGGUCUGCUAUUUACACGCGAGUAAACGAUUGCCGCACCUAGGGACGAUCAUCGUAAUUGUUGAUCGUCGAAAAUUGUUGUUCCAAAGCUCCAUGUUCCUGAAAAUAAAUCUUUUUUCACGUGA